AUGAAUGGCUACGGUGAAGGUCUCCGCGGCCAAAUAAUUGAGGUCUGGGCGCACAAUCUCGAGGAGGAGCUCGACCGCAUCCGGGAUGUGGUAGAGCGCUAUCCAUACAUCGCCCUGGACACGGAGUUUCCCGGGAUUGUGGCGCGGCCCACGUCGAACGCGUUGGACUACAACUACCGGACUGUGAAGUACAAUGUAGAUCUGUUGAAAGUGAUUCAGUUGGGCCUGACGUUUGCGGACAGCCGGGGGCGGCUGGCGGAGGGAACUUGCACGUGGCAGUUCAACUUUCGUUUCGACUUGAACGAAGACAUGUACGCGCAGAACAGCAUAGAUUUCUUGAAGCAGAGCGGCAUUGAUUUCGACAAGCAGCAGAAAAAAGGCGUGGAAGUGCAUGACUUCGGCGAGUUGAUCAUGAACAGCGGGUUGGUGAUGAACGAGGAUGUGAAGUGGAUCUCGUUUCACGGCUGUUACGACUUCGGCUACUUGUUGAAGCUGCUGACUUGCGAGGCUUUGCCGGAGUCGGAAAAUGCUUUUUUCGAGCUGGUUCAGGACUUCUUUCCCUCUCUUUACGACAUAAAGUUUCUUCUUCGAGACCUGCCGAACUUCAACCUCAGCCAGGGAAGCAGUUUGCAAAAAGUCAGCGAACAGCUCAACGUGCAGCGCGUGGGGCCCCAACACCAAGCAGGCAGCGACAGCCUGGUGACUUGUCGCACAUUUUUUAAUCUUGUUGAAUCUUAUUUUGAUGGCAAGAUAGACGAAGCCAAGUUUUCGGGUGUCAUCUACGGCCUGGGGGCCACAGCGCACAAGAGGCACAGGGGCCCCCACGGGGCCCUCACUUCCGCCCCCUCGCUCGACUUGGGGGGCCCCAUCCACGCGGGGGACCUGAAGCAGCAGCAAGACGGCAGCAGCAGCACAGACAUGAUGAUGGGGGGGCCCGGCGCAAUGAGCCGCUACGUCAGCGCGGGCCCCGGCAGCCGCUUGGGUUCGCACCCGCAGCAGCAGCAGCAGCAGGGGCCGUGGGGCUCCAUGGGCCGGGUGAGCAGCGGGGUUGUGGGGAGCAUGCGGCAGCAGCAGCAGCAGCAGCAGCAGCACUCGCAGGCGCUGCUGGGCAUCCCCAGCGCAGCCAUCGCAGCAGCAGACAGCAGCGGCUCCGUCAACGGCGACCGACUCAGGGGGGCCCCCGGGGGCCCCCAUGCAGGCAUUAUGCCAGGUAAUGGUGGCUCAAGAGGGUUUGGCUCUGAGCUGCACCGCACGGGAAGUGCCCCCCCGGCGCCGCUGCUGUGCAGCAGCAGCGGCGGCCGUGUCUUGCCAGCAGCAGCAGGAGGUUUAGCUGUGGCGGGCCGCCACGGGAAUGGGGAGCAGCAGCAGCGGGUUGGCGUGGGGGGCCCUGCUGCUGGGGCCCUUGUUUUUGAGGGGACAGGGGGUGCAGCAGGGGCCCCCCGGAGGCCCUGA